GACCAACACGCGUGAGCCGUUCUCAUCCAGCUGUCCCACGCUGAUGAUAGAAUUCCUCAACGCGGGGAUGUAGUAAACUCCGGUGAGCAGCCUGUGCUCACCGGACUUGGCGGUGAAGGUGACGGAGCCAACGCCCUUGAUCUCCACGCCGGAGGCGUCCCCAAACUUGAUGGAGCCUCGGACGCCGGGGUCGAACUCGGUGAAGAACUCCCGUCGGCCGGUCAUGUGAUGGGUGGCGCCGGUGUCGAGGUACCACCCAUCAGCCUUGUUGUUGCUGGAGCUGUUGCAGAGAGAGACGAGUACCUUCGGCUCAUCAAGGUGGAGGAAAGCCGCUGCGGCCGGUGCCGCUGGAGGAAGCUCGAUGCUUGCGUGUGCCAGGAGCAGAGCCGGCUCUUCCUCCUCCACCUGUGCGACGUGGGCCUGGCCACGUCGUGGCUGUCGACAGUCUUUGGCCCAAUGGCCAAGCUUGCCACAGUUGCGGCAGGUGUCGUCUCGUGCCGGCUUGUGGUUGCUGGCGGCGCCGCCCUGGGCACCUCUGCGAGCGCCACCCUCGGCGCGUCUUCGCGCCCACCGCAGCUGGACACCUCCGCAUGCCUUGCGCGGCUUGCGGCCGCCUAUCGAGGGAGAAGACUCCCCCUUUCUUCCGUCACUCUGAGAGGCCUCCCACUGCUCCCGAGUGAGAUGGAGCUUCCCGCCAAUGGUGAUAGGCCCCGAGAGAGGCUGUGGCUCAUCAUCGUCGACGACCUUGAGGCGACCCAACGCCUCCUCAAUCGACAUCGUGGAGAGGUCCAGCAGAGACUCGAUCGAGCGAGCGAUCUGCCUGUACUUCUCUGGGACGCAGUGGAAGAGCUUCUCGACAGCUCUCUCCUCGUCGUAGGUGUCGUCGUCGCACUGCACCAUCUUCUGCAAAAGAUUGUUGAGACGGAGGGCAAAGUCAUCAACAUCCUUACCUGGCUUGAAGGCCAGGUUCUCCCACUCCUUGCGGAGUGCCUGCAGCGUGGACUUGCGGGCGCGGUCGCUGCCGAUGCGUGCCGCAGCGAUAGCGUCCCAGGCCUCCUUGGCAGUCCGCUUCUGGGAAAGCGAGAACUGCAUCUCGGGCGGGACUGCAGUGAUGAGGGCAUCCAGCGCCCGUCGAUCUUUGUCGUAGUCGACGUCGCCGUACCAGACUGCCUCCCACAUGUGUCACACCUGGAGCCUCACCCUCAUCACCGCGGCCCACUCGAUGUAGUUGGUUUUGGUGAGGGUAGGCCACCCUCCGCCGGGACCAAAGUCCCUGACCACCGUCUGAACGCCGUGGUGGCCAUGGCGCCGGUCAGGGGAGGGAGAGCCGCGCUGCCUGCGAGGGCCGCGCUCUCCGUCGAACCAGCCACCUCCACCGGGAGCGCCACGGCCGCGCGCGCGCUCAGGGCUGGCGCUGGCACGCCUGCGCCCGUCUGGGUUCCCGUCAGCGGCCGUGCGGUCCCUUGGGUCACCGCCGCCGCCGUGGGGGUGGGCUGCUGCCCACCGCUCAGCCCCGCUCCCGCGCCCUUCCUCUUGCCAGCUCCUCAAACUCCCUGUCGGCGGUGAUGUCACCGGCGAUGGAGCCGUUGAUGCUGCUGCGCAAGGACUCAACCUCUGCCUCCGCCGCACGUGCCGCAUCCUCCGCCGCCUCUGCUUCCACCUCCGCGCUGGCAGCUGCCAACUCCGCUGCUGCCAGUCUGGCCACCCUCGCUGCUGCUGCAGCGGUCUGAGCCGUUGCUCACCUGCGCUCUUCUGCUGCGGUGAGCUCGACGUCCUACUGACGCCGAGUGCUCAAGGCGACCGAACGCCGAGACCGAACGUCGGACAUGGCGUGCCUCCGGGGGGCUGCUGCGUGGAGAAGGGGAAGGGAAAGGGGAAGGAGGAGCAGCGGGUGCUGCUGCUGCUGCUGGCUGAGAGCUCAACCGAGCUUGGUAAGGGGUGGAACACGAGAUGUUUUGCCUACAGGAAAGUGUGGCUCUGAUACUAGAUGUUAGAAUUUCAAUGGUUACUCUCAUUGAGAAGAGGAUGGCACUAGAGAUGGGGCAAUUUUCUGGUUUUCUUCAUUCACAAAACACAAAGCCAUACCUUCCCGAGGGAGGUUGGAUACAUAUAUAUAUAUAGCCAUAGCUGGCUGGAUGGCUGCUAGCUAAUUGCUGCCCACACUAGUCUAAAAUUUGAACGUGAUGCUGUCCUAGAGAGCAUCCAAACUAAAUAAAGCAUAAAGGAGAUGCUAGAUACUGUCCUAGGGAAGCUAAAAGCAAAACCGAAAGAUGCUAAAAGCAAAACUGAAAGGAUGCUGUCCUAAAAGGGGAAAAACAACCUAAAAGCAAGAGAAGGACCACAAGGACCAAAGACCACAAGGCUUAUUCCAUCAAUUAGGACGCUAAAGGAAUGCAACAUACCAACGAGGAGUAUGAUUGUGAUCCUGUCAUUUCUCCGUGGAGGGUUGCCAUCAUUGCCCUACACGAAGGAGGAUGUUAGCAAUGUUGGUGCAUCGAUUAACUUUGAAACAAGAAGCAAGGAUAUGAGUCAAGUGUUGUAGUAUCUGAAGAAAAAAGAAGCACAAGACCCAGGUUUCUAUUACAAGCUCAUGCUAGAUGAGAACAACAAAGUCAGAAAUAUGUUCUGGACAGAUGGCAGAUCGACAGUGUUGUAUGGUCAAUAUGGUGAUUGUGUCAGCUUUGAUACAACUUAUAAGACAAACAAAUAUGACUUGCCGUUUGCUCCAUUUGUUGGGAUGACAGACCAUGGAAACACAUGUCUUUUUGGGUGUGCAUUCCUAGGAGAUGAGACAACUGAGACAUUUAAGUGGGUUUUUGAGACAUUCAGGACAGCUAUGAGAGGCAAAGAUCCUAUUAGCAUAAUAACAGACCAAGACAGUGCAAUGAGAUCUGCAAUAGGGCAAGUGUUCAAGAAAACCAAGCAUAGGAACUGCCUAUUUCAUAUCAAGAAAAUUGCAGAGAGAGAACAGGUAACACAUUCACUGACAGUACAAAGAAAGAUCUAUACAAUGAAUUUGAAGACAUUGUUAACAAUUGUUUGACAGAGCAUGAGUUUGAAACCUUGUGACACAAAUGAUUGAUAAAUAUGAGCUGCACAAUGUGAAAUACUUGCAAUCAAUUUGGGAUACAAGACAAAGCUGCAUCCCUGUCUAUUGCAAGAAUGACUUUUUCCCAUUUAUUCAAAGCACAACGCUAAGUGAAGGGACUAAUGCAAGGUUUAAAAGAGGAGUUGGGCCAAGGCAUAGUGUUACAAGCUUCCUAAAGGAAUAUGACAGAAUAAAUGACACUAUAUUUGAUACACUGUAUUGGAAUGCCUAUAACUCAAACACAAAACAACCCAAAAAUCUAUGGUCAGGAUACUACAUAGAAGAGCAAGCUUCGGAGAUGUACAAUUUAAGCAUUUUCAAAAAGUUCCAGCUUGAAUUAAAGAAAUCAACAAGGCUUCAGGUGACAGUGCUUGAACAUGGCAAAGCAUACUUGGUAUUCUUGGCUCUAAAUCAAAAAAGAAGGAAUGGAGAGCAAGGAAUUAUGUAGUUCUCACAGACUUACAAAAUGAUGAGUACUCCUGUGUGUGUGCAAAGUUCUCGAAGGAUGGAAUCCUUUGCUCCCAUAUCCUGAAAGUAAUGUUGGACCUAAAUGUUAGCAAAAUUCCGAACAAAUACAUCAUAGAAAGGUGGAGGAAGAAAGACAACAACAUAACAGGUCUAUUCAGAGGAGAAUCAAGUAAUGGACCUAAUGCUAUGCUAAUGUACAACGUGCUCUCGCAAAAAAUGUCAGAAUUAGCAUCAAAGGGUUGUAAGAGACCAGAGAUAUAUAGUUACCUGGUUGGAGAAGUGGAGAAGUUGGAUAGCAUAGUGGACAGCAUGAUUCUAGAAGCCCAUGGAAAUCACACAUGCCAGGUCCAAAGUAAUGCAACAAACAACGCUGUUGUUGAGGGGCAACAACAUGGGAAUCUGAAUGAUGAAGAGGAAAUUGAAGACCCAGAGCAAGCUAAUACAAAAGGCAGGAAAUCAAUAAGGCAGAAAAGAUUGGUGGAAAAGAUUAUGGAUAAAGAAUGCAAAAAAUACAAAGGCAAGAGUGGCCAAAGUAAUGAGAAUCAGUUGAAGACAAAGAGAACAAGUAAUGUUGCGCAAGGUGGGACUGCUUGUGAGAUGCAACCAAAACCAAAGAGGCGGAAGAAAGGACAGGAAAACAACACCAAAGAAAUAAUAGGUAAAAACAGGGCAAGAAAAAUAUGUAACUAGAAUGUUCUCAUGUAAUAGUUAGGGCAAAAAAAGCAUAUAUCUUGUUGAGAGAGAAGAACAAGACAUCAUGUAACAGUGGAUGUUCUAUAUAUUUAGUACUGAGUUUGACAUCA